UCGAGGGAUUUGGGAUUCGAUGAAAGAGGGAAGAACGCAGGAAAAAACGUGGAAGGGAUUGCGAUCACGAGAAGGAACUCCAAAUUCUAACGAGAUUCUGGACAAUUUUAAUCUGCCGGGGCUCCAUCAACAUCCCAAGGCUUGACUUCGGGAAGCUAGUUGGAAUCCGGCAAGUAAGAGAGACGUUUAAAAGGCGACACAUGUGAUGGAGGAGGAAGAGGAGCGGAGGGGGCGACACAGCAUCAGCAUAGGGACCGAAUACUAGUCGCCGCCUUAGCCCAUAUCAGCUGUUGUGGUUGGUUGGAUCGAGGUUCGGUGAGAGGAACCGAAGAGAAUUGAGGAGAUGGAGGGAAAGAACGGCUCGUCUCCUCCUAUUCCGGCGAUCUCGGAUGAGACCUUUGGGCGGAAGGACCCGAAUCCCACGUCGGCUUCGCCUGGCUAUUUCAGCACCGUCAUCCCUCCUGCUUCCCAGGUGAUUGCAAAGAAUUUAUCGCAUUCAGAUUUGUGCUGGACUUUGAACAAACAGAGAAAUGAUGGUCGCAUUUCAAGUGCUCAGACCGCAAGCACAGAUUGUAAAUCUCAAGGCAGUUCAACUAAAGUGAAACCAGGCUAUGCCAAUGAACAUAUAGAGUCGCCCUAUUUCGGAUCAUCGGUAAAUUAUGGAGCUAGAGAUUUCUACAUAAGCUCGUCUUCCCCUCUGACAUCAAAGACUCCAGAUAAAUAUAGAGUGGAUGAAGGAGAUGACUUGAGUAAUAUACACCUAGCAGACAGAGGCGAAUGGUGGCAAGGUUCUCUUUACUAUUAAGAAUCAGGAUCAGUAUGCUAUCCUUUUGUACAUAAAAGUUUAUUGAUUCUGUGAGCUUGGAGUUGGUUAACUCAUUACAGUCAAAUGUGUGUGUGCGUAACAAGAACAAUUUAUAGACUAGAUUGUAGUUGAUUUUUGACUGUGAUAGACAAAAGACCACUCCUUUGGUAGUUUGGUAGAGAUGUGGUAUAGGGGACUUGGGGGGUGGUUCAUCUAUUCAGACCUUCACCUCCAACUUAUUGCAGCGAGGUUGCAAGUUUGCCUUUGUAAUACUCUUUUAUCAUAAUGUGAAUGAACAUUCCUUCAUUAAAGUGUUUCUUUGUUAUUUUA